GGCUGCGGCGGCUGAUGGGACUGAAGCUGGCGGUUGAGUGGGACGGAAGCGCCGAGGAACAUGGACUGGAAGCAGGCGCUGAAGAGCCGGUUGGCUGUCAGCACCGACUCUAAAAGGAGUGAUCAAGAGUUGAAGGAUGAAGAGAUGGAGCUGUUUACAAAAUACUACCUGGAAUGGAAAGGAGGAAGAAAAAAUGCCAAUACCUCUUAUAUGAACAUACCACGAUUUUAUUAUAGGCUGCCAGCAGAGGAUGAAAUUUUAUUACAGAAAUUAAGAGAAGAAUCCAGAGCGGUCUUUUUACAGAGAAAAAGUAGAGAGCUGUUAGAUAAUGAAGAACUGCAGAAUUUGUGGUUUCUGUUGGACAAACAUCAGACACCACCCACAAUGGGGGAGGAAGCAAUGAUCAACUAUGAAAACUUCCUGAAAGUUGGUGAGAAAGCUGGAACAAAAUGCAAACAGUUCUUCACUGCUAAAGUCUUUGCUAAGUUACUUCACAACGAUCCCUAUGGAAGGAUAUCUAUCAUGCAGUUUUUCAAUUAUGUGAUGAGAAAAGUAUGGCUAUACCAGACAAGGAUAGGCCUCAGUUUAUAUGACGUGGCUGGACAAGGUUACCUUAGGGAAUCAGAUUUAGAAAAUUAUAUUCUGGAACUCAUCCCCACAUUGCCACAGUUGGAUGGUUUAGAAAAAUCCUUUUACUCAUUCUAUGUCUGCACUGCAGUCAGGAAGUUCUUCUUCUUUUUAGAUCCUCUAAGAACAGGGAAGAUAAAAAUACAGGAUAUUUUAGCCUGCAGCUUCCUAGAUGACUUAUUAGAGUUACGGGAUGAAGAACUUUCUAAAGAAAGUCAAGAAACGAAUUGGUUUUCUGCUCCUUCUGCACUGCGGGUUUAUGGCCAGUACUUAAAUCUUGACAAAGAUCACAAUGGCAUGCUUAGCAAAGAAGAACUAUCUCGCUAUGGAACAGGAACUCUUACCAACAUAUUUUUGGACCGUGUCUUCCAGGAGUGUCUAACCUACGAUGGAGAAAUGGACUAUAAGACGUACCUGGACUUUGUACUUGCAUUAGAAAACAGAAAGGAGCCUGCAGCUCUGCAGUAUAUUUUUAAACUGCUUGAUAUAGAGAACAAAGGAUACCUGAAUGUUUUUUCCCUUAAUUAUUUCUUUAGGGCUAUUCAAGAACAAAUGAAAAUCCAUGGCCAAGAACCAGUUUCUUUUCAAGAUGUCAAGGAUGAAAUCUUUGAUAUGGUGAAGCCUAAGGAUCCUUAUAAAAUCUCCCUUCAGGACUUAAUCAACAGUAGUCAAGGAGACACAGUCACUAGCAUUUUAAUUGACCUUAAUGGCUUCUGGACCUAUGAGAACAGAGAGGUUCUUGUAGCAAGUGAUAAUGACAGCACAACAGAUCUUGACGAUACAUGAUUUAACAGGAAUAGACUGUAUCCAUGGAGAUAUGCCCAACUGAUACAGUCACCAUUUGCAGCUGAACAACAUAUUCAUUACCCAAAUCAAUGAAGCUCCCAUGUAGCCCCAGAUGAGCAAAACUAAAGCUUUGUACAAAGAUUGUGAGACAGAUCUCAACAGAAGCUAAAAAAAAAUGUUUUUAAAAAUGUUAUUAAAGGUCUAAAGACUUUC